CCCCCUCUCUCCUUCUCUUUCUCUUUCCCCUCCCUGCCUGAUUACACAGCCCCGGCCCCUGAUUUCCUCUGAUUUUGGACUGUUCCUUUCUCAUUGCAGAGACAGCAGUCCCGUUCCACUGUGCACAAAGGCAACAUGUUCCGCCUGUCAAUCAUAAGGUGUGGGAUGUGGAAGCUGGAUUAGUGGAACGGGUCACUUACCUGGAAUUUGGAAAACACUUGAAAGAAGUCGGAUGUGCUUUGUGUCAAAGGAUGUAACUUUGGGCAACUUUCAGCCAGGGGACCUUCCUGCUUGGCCAUUAGGUGCUGCACAGAUCGGGGCCAGGCUACACUAUAAGGUCACCAUGCCGGAAGGAGUCUCCAGGGGCAGCAGUAAGAGAGCAUGUAAACAAGCUGCCCCCAGACCCACAUCAGUUAGUUCUCUGAGUGGAAUUGUAGACGGGAUGUCUGGCAGUUGUACCUCUGUGAAUACUGUGUGCUCAGACAGUGACCGGCCAGUUAGCCUUAGCUCUUCAACGUCUUCGGCUUCUUUGCAGGACAGCCAUAGUUCGUUUGGAAGCAGUGGAGCUCUUGUGUCCUCACAAAACACUGGCUCUUGCUAUACUCAACAAAAUGGUAGUGACAUCAGCCUUGACCUAACGCCUGUGGCACUUUUAGAAGGGGAAUCAGAAAGACGUGCCAUGGAUAGACCUUUUCUUGGUUACGCAUGUUCUCCUAUUCUGCGCAAGGCUAGAGAUCCAAAGAUCAAGUUAUCUCAUGUUGACAGAGUUGUACUUGAGAUUCUAGAGACUGAGCAGGCGUACGUCAGGGAUCUGAAAAGCAUUGUCGAGGAUUACCUGGGCUGUAUCAUAGACUGUGGGCACCUUCCUCUCAAACCUGAGCAAGUCAGCACUUUAUUCUGCAAUAUUGAAGAUAUUUAUGAGUUCAAUAGUGAAUUACUGGAGGAUUUAGAGAACUGUAAUUCUGCCCAUGGGAUAGCGGAAUGCUUUGUCAUGAGGAGUGAAGAUUUUGAUAUUUAUACAUUGUACUGCAUGAACUAUCCCAACUCAGUGUCUGUCCUCCGUGAGUGUAUGAAGAGUGAGGAGCUGGUACAGUUCUUCAGAGAGCGCCAAGCUAUCCUAUCACACUCACUUCCGUUGGAGACAUAUCUCCUUAAACCUGUGCAGCGUAUAAUGAAAUAUCACCUCUUGUUACAGGAGCUAGCCAAACACUUUGAUAAGAAUGCUCCAGGGUACGAGGUAGUGGAGGAAGCCAUUAUUACAAUGACUGCGGUGGCCUGGUACAUCAAUGACAUGAAGAGGAAACAGGAGCAUGCUGUGAGAUUGCAGGAAAUUCAGAGCCAGUUGGUUAACUGGCAGGGCCCCGAUCUCAGUGCCUUUGGGGAGUUAGUCCUGGAGGGGACAUUCCGUGUGCAACGUAUGAAGAAGGAACGAGCUUUCUUCUUAUUUAGUAAGAUGCUGCUCAUUGCAAAAAAGCGAAUGGACCUCUUCAUUUACAAGAUGCACAUUUUUUGCUGUAACCUCUCCCUUACCGAGCAUUUGAAGGAUGGUUUAAGUUUCAGAGUGUCUGACCUGACAAUCUCCAAACACCAGCAAGUGAUUCAGGCCAGAAACCAGGAAGAAAAAAGACACUGGGUCCAUUCAAUCAAACGACUUAUUGUGGAAAACCACCCAGCAUCUAUUCCUCAGAAGGCGAAGCAAGUUCUUCUGGAAAACAGCUUCCAGUAUUCCCCUGAUGUGCGCCUCAGCCCAGAACCUUUGAAGUCACCACGAUUAGAUGAGUUGUGGGCAUUCUCCCGAAGCCGGAGACAAUCAGAGCCGCCACAGCUCAUGUGCAGCCCUGAGAGGUCCAAAAAACUGUUCUCAGCACUAAGCUUGGACAGUGGCUCCCAGCACCGCCGUGGGCGCAGGCUGUCUGAACCAGCAAAAGAAAUUCAGGCUGCAUUUGAAAACAGCGAUUUGGUGCCAAUAAAGCAUGCCGGCAGUGAAGGAGAACUUUUCCCAUCAUCUGGGUCUCUCAGGUCCUCAGACAGCGUAUGUACAUUGGAGUCCAGUAUCCUAGAGGUGGCUGAUGAGGUAUAUGAGGAAGAUAACUCUUUCAGCUUGCCUGAGGAAGCUUUGUCAGGAAGUCUUUCCAUCACUGAGGAGAUUCUGGAAUUGCUGAAAAAGAGAGGACUCCAAGCUGACCUGGGCAUCAUGGAGCAAAGCGAGAGCCUUGCAUUGGCAGGGAGCAACACAGAGCCAGAGGAGCAGCUACAAAACUAUGAACCAAUAGAAAUUAAAACAACUGGAACAGAGGCAGAAAAUGACCUUCAGCUAAUGAAACAUGCAAAUGUAUUUCCUGGCCCCGAAGUCCUUUGUGAUUCCAUGGAUCCUCUCCAAUAUCCCUCCAAAGCUUCAGUUCGCCAAGGACAUAUUAACAGUGAGUCAUCAGAAGAAGAAGAGCAAAAAGGAGAUCUUAGAGAAUCACCCCUUCACAUGUUGGAAGAGCUGGAACGGGAGGAGACAUCUGAUUUAUGCAACACAGAGAAUCCUGAGCAGAAAGAGAUCCUGGACAAAUUAUGUUUAAAUGAAUUGGAGAAUACAGAACUUAGUGGCUGCAUUCAAUCUGAGAAUUCAAGUGUAGAUGAUACAGGUGGCUCUCAGGAGCUGGCCAAACUAGAACUAUUGCCAGAGAAGAAUGAGAAAAGCCUCAAAACUAAGAGGGAUUCAACCCUAACACAAGAUGAUCGUCUGCUGAUUGAGAGGAUUAAAAAUUACUAUGACACAGCAGAAGCAGGAGUAUCUUAUUUAAGCAAAGAAGAUAGCAUUUCUUAUAUUCCAACAGGAGUGGUGAAGGACUCUAUUUUGAGAUUCAAUUACAUUCUUCAACAAGAGGUCAAAAAAGACAAAGAAAAGAGUUUAUUUGGAAGUACUGAAUAUAUAGGAAGAAAUAAGCAAGUUAGCACUUCUAGAAAACCAUGGUCUCGCUUAGAUAAAGAUAGCCAGGUCCCUUUGCCCCUAGCAGAAAUCAAGAGCCCCAUUACACUUCCUUUAGAACAAGAGUCAGAAUAUUUGUCAUGUGCUGAGAUCCGUAAAGCCUGGAAGGAAAAGGAAAAGCCAAAUCCAAUUGAGAGCAUUGCAACACCAAGAAGAGGAAAAUUGUGUAAGAAAAGGAUGGGGGCAUCAGAAGAUGCCCUGGUUAUCAUGGAGGAAUGUGAUGCAGAUGUGCCUCAGGCGUCUAAAGAAAUUCUACCAAAAGGGGACACAAGCAAGGAACAGAAAAAGCAGAGCAUGGAGGAAAAAAUCACCAGACAGGAGAACCACCAUAAAAUCAUAAUUCCUAGCAUGAUAGGUGAUCCUGGGGAAAGCAAAGAAAUAUGCUGUCCUUCAGGCCUAAGCCUGUAUGAGACAGAGGAUAGAUGUUUACUUGAGAACUCUGAAAAGAUCAUUAACAAGGUGCAACUGUUGGCCAAAAUGUAUAGCGAGAAGAUUGGCAGGAUGAAGACACAAAGAAGGAAUGGUGAUAACAAGAGACCAACAGUUUAUCAGAGUAAAGCUAUAGUGGAGACUCUCCCACAGGUUAUUGAGGAAAAGGCUGCAGACAAGAGUGUAACAGAGCCUCAUUCUUAUGGUCAUCUGGUGAUCCAUGAGACACUUUUGCAUAUUAACUGCAUUCAGGAGAAUAGCCCCCUUUUAUCUGCAGCUCGAGAGAUCACUGGAGAACUCUACAAAGAAUAUUUAAAUACAGUGGAUUACUCCAGCACCCAGCCCUUGUCAAGUAAAGAAACACUUUCAGAGCAGCCACUUGAAGACAAGCUUCAGAUUCCCUUGACAGAGGAACCAGUUAUUGAGAUCAUGACCAAAUUAUCACUUGAAAGUAAUGAAGAACAAGAAGUAACAAUACAUGCAGAUGAAAACAGAGUGGCAGUGGUUCAGUGUGUAACAUCUAACUCUGUCCUGGGACCUUCACAAACAAGUAAUGAUUUGGGUACUGGUAUGGCCAUGACUGAUAAAUUACUGCUUGUUGGAUAUACAGCAGAGGAAAAAGAAAAACAAGAACUUGUAGCUAAUUUGGGUGAGAUAUCUGAAAAAAACAACUUAAUGGAUUUUAAUGCAUCAGUUAGAAUACUUCAGCAUAGUUUUGAUAAAAAUCUGCUUCCUAUAGAACCUGAGCCACAUUCACCCAGCCAAAGAAAGACAUACACUGAAAAUGAGGACAAAAUACAUAUGGAUUUCAAUGAAUUAGAAGCAGACAGUAGCACAGAAUCUCCUAAGAUGCAAACAGAAGAACAGCCAAAAGAUUUUCCUAAUGGAGAACAAGCAAAAAUGAAUUUUGAAAACAUGAAAGAGGAGGUCACGAUAACAGAUCAAAAUUAUAUUGAAAAUCAGAAAAUGACAGAGGAAAUUACACAAGACACAAAUUCAUCAGAGAGAGCCCUGCAUUUUCCUGUUAUGGUAGAUACUGUUGAACCAUUAUCGGCACAAGUUUUUGAAAAUGGGUCACAAUCACACACUGAAGAUUAUAUUCUCCCAUCAUCUAAAAACAUAAUAGCUAAACAGUAUGACACCGACAAAGUUCAUAAAAACAGAGGUGUCUCCCCAUCUGUAUUUGAUGUAAUGCAGAGGCUUCAGUUGGACUCCUCAUUUUCUAUUGCGUCCAGAGAUAACCCAAACAACUCAAAGAGGCUUAAUCUGGCAACUCGCUCAUCAUCUUUCAAGAGCAAGACUUCAACUGCUCAUGAGUUCCAGAGUGCCAAGGAAACAUUGUUAAAUCCACACAAAAUACAGAUAGGUGAAUCUAAGACAGUCCCCAACAUUUUCAACCCCUCUGCUUUACAAAGGAAACUGUCCAGUGCUAUGACUCUUUCUAAGUAUCUGUCAGCAUCACAUGCAGGGCAAGGUUACAUGAAAAGAAGACCACUCAACAUGUCUAAAAGCUCAGACGGUGAAAUAAACACUCAAGAAACACUACUCAAAAAUCCUUGUCCUGCCCCAGUCAUCGCAAAACCAUUGGCUGGUUGUUCAUCACACAUUAAUCCGCAAUUACCUGAAAAUGGCAUUAAAACAAGAAGCAUGAAACCAUCAUUUCAGAGGGAUGACACAAAAGAAGAAGAACACAUACUAGGUGACUUAAAACCAAUGCAAGCACUUUCCGGAAAUCAAGGCAUUCAAAGUCCAGCCUCUUUCACAAAUAAUUGCCAGGAAAUAAACUUUGGAGAUAAUGAUGAGGAUAGCCCUGUAUGCCUGUCACCUGGUUCUGCUGUUCUUAUUGCCUUUCCCUACCCUCCUCCAAUAAAAACAACACCAACUUCAACUGUAUCUGAGCCAAAUUCACGCGUACAAUCCCCACUGCCUCUCCGCACUCGAAUGUGCUCUCCUCCUCCAAGGUCUGCUCCAAAGUCAUUUCGGAUGCCCUCCUUCUCUAGUUCUAGGUCUUGUUCUUUCACACCACUAUCGUUUAGCCAGGUAGAGAAAUCAUCAUCAUCUUCAACAAAUUCUACACCAACCUGCACAAGCCCUUCUAUCAUGCCUCAGUCACCUGACCCAGGACAUGGAUUUCCUUUCCACGCCAGAAAAUCUUUGGGAAACUGCUUUCCAUCUGGAAGAGACCGAGUUGUCAGCCCAAGGAGUGCACUAAACUCUCCACUGGGGUCAACUGAUGAAGAAAGCCGAUUCUGGAGCAGCAGUGAAUCGCCACCAUGCCGGAGCCCUGAUACCCAUUCAGGGCCAAGUGGCAUUAGCUCUCAUGAACUAACCAGUAUACACUGGCCUGAUGUACGUGAGCUACGCUCAAAGUAUGGACCACUUAAAUUUCAAAAGUCCACUACUCACCAGAACAGAGUUGAGCCAAGUUUGGUAAAACCAACUGGAUGUCCAUCUGUAGGGUCCAAAAAAUCCCCAAAAAGAGUGGGAUCACUUGAUUCAACUAUCCCACACACACAUGUUAUUCAGCGCUCAAAAAGUACUGUAGGAGCUGGAAAUGGAGACAAAUGGGACACAUCUAUUGGAAAAGAGAAAGCCAAUUUGAAGGCAAGCUAUUCCACAACAGUGAACAUACAGAUUGGGGGCAGUGGUAGAAUAGCAUCCUUUACCAAUGCACAGGUCAUUCUUACACACCCUUUGCUCCAGGCCCCUGAAUCUCAGACAAUGAGGAAGAUUAAUAUAAAUGGAAGCACCUUAGACCAAAUGCCAAAAUCAUGAUGCCUUCUAGUCUAGGGAAUGAUAAGAAUGUAUAUCAUAAUAGGUCACAUUUGGAGACUGUGUUGAAACUUCACAUGCCCUGUGAAGUCAGACUUUGUGAGUAAUUUAAAAACAUUAAGGAUGGGAAAAGGGACAACCAGAUAAAAAAAAAAAGUAUUUUAAAUCAUAUUACAAAGAAAUGACAAUAUGCCAGUUUGCACAUUUGUAUAUGCAAGAAGGACUGCUUAAAACUUUUUUUAUACAGUAUUCAAAGUGGAUCAACACUGUGCUGGACUUAUUUUGAGCAUCAUUGAAUUUUGCACUUAGUAAUAAAUAGAUUGCAUCAGAGGUGUACUGAUACAUACAUAUAGUGCCUAUUAAAAACACACACACUGAAGCAAACCAAAGAUUAGAAGUUUGGUCAAAUAAACUCUUUCAGUCUCCUCCAAGUAUACAAUGAACUGAACUAUGUUUUUACCUGGUAGGGCGCUACUCACUUUUAUGAAUAUAUCAGACACCUGGUACUCUUGGCUGUUACCUGUCAGAAUACAAAGCUUAUACUUAUGUCUGCUUGUGGUGAGUCCUUACAGGACAAAAAUAUUCACAGUAUGGAAGACAGAUUGCAAACACAAUUAAAUUAUUGCUUCAAAUGAGAACAUUUUUCCCACUGGUAUGACUCCCUGUACAACAGGUUUUAAGUAGGCUUUUAAACCUAACCAGUUUCCAGUUAUAAUUAUACUGCCCAUAAUGUUUGAUUUUUAAAAAGCCCCUAAUUCUAAAACGUUUUUAGUUUUAUCACUUUAGAUUCAUUAAUAGAGUAACAAAUGCAGCAGCACAUCUAUAACCCAUAUGACAUCUACAUCAGAUCACCGCUGUCAAUCUUCUAUGUUCUCUAGUAUAUGCCAUGUGGGGUGGGCUUACAUAGCCGACAUAUUUCAGCAUCAUCAUCAUCAUCAAUACAUAUUAUAAUUUUGUAAUUGUAGGCCAAUUUAAUCACUAUUGCGGCUAAAGCUGGCUUGAAACUGAAAGAGCUUAUUACUUAUUUGACACUUGGUAAAAAAUGGAACUGAAGUUUAUUUUAAAAAAAGGCAGCAGGAAAACCUGGUUAGUUUUGAAACUGAACAAAUAUUUAUCAAUACAGUAACAGAAAAAAAAUUGUUAAGACUUGAUUCUAUCGCAGUGAAUAGAAUAGUCUUGUGUAAUUCUGUUUAAUUUUAUGCAGUGUCUGGUUAAGACAACAUUCGUGCAUAUGAAAAAACCACUGUAGCUUCUGGGUGAUUUAAGGUAUCUACAGAGAAGUAAGCAAAGCCAAACAUAUAUUAUAGAUAUUAAUUAAUACUUUUUUAAAUGCCAGCUGAAUAUUGACAGCUACUUGUACACCAAACUGACAUGUAAGGGAAAGAUUAUGUUUUCCGAAUCAUUUCAAAUAUAUUCUGCAUAUUGUGUAUGCUCUAGAUACAUUAGUGCACCAUAGAUAAGAAAAAAAAAGUUGUGGUGCUACGGACAACACAUGCAAGGGAACUAAAUGACAAAUGGAAGGCACAUUCUAUUCUACCCACUAGAUAAAGUAGCACCUACUUCCUUGGUGAAAUAUGGAAGAAAACUAGGGGGACUUUUGCUUAUCUAGCUACACUUCUCUCCACUGAGAUGCCCCAAGACAAUAAUAACCAAAUGAUGAACUAUAUUUGUAUUCUUCAUGGGGACUAAAAGAAGGCAUGAAGUGGUUCUAAAUAUUUUAUUAUUUUAAUUAUACCACAAAAAACAAAGCAAUAACAUGCCAUAAAGCUUUGUGGCAUACACCUCAAAGAAAAUACACCCAAAUAAGAUCAGUGGUUCCUCUGAAUGGGACAGCCCAGCUUUGUGGUGGCAUUUUGUAAGUUAAGUUUGCCACUUAUCGACCCAUGGACCAGUCCACUGAGUUAGUGUAGUAUGGCCAUGCAUUUUUGUGUUUUUGCAUAUCUAUAAACAUUAUCUAUGUGUAGCCAGCAUUAGAGAUGGAAAAUCAAAAAGUAUGUUAGGAAGUAAAGCGAUCAAGUUAGGAGGCAAUCCCUAUAUCUAUGUAUAAAAUAAAGGCCUGUAUUCUACAGACUGUAAAAAUAAAAUUCUGCACAAUGAAAGAAAAUGUUAAGCAACUAUUCCAAUUUGUCAGGUAAGAUACUGCCUUGAUAUAAGUUAUUACUACCAGUCUAUCUUGAUCUAUUCACUUUACUGCUGGUUUUGACUAACACUGAAACACAGAGAAAGGUGCAAGGCCCUGUUGCAAAUGGAAUUACUGCUACAUUGUUUCAAGUGUAUGUGUAAUCAGAACCAGCAGUCCAGAGAAAAGCAAAGGGCAGCCAGUUUCUUCUUUCAUUUCAUUUUUUCAUUACAUUUACUUUUUACCUUAAAAAUGAAAGUUUUAAUAAAAGUUUAUCAGAAUGCUGCUUCUUUCUUUCAUUAUACAGAUUUGUUUUUAGUCUACAGUACAGGAAGAAGAAAUGGGAAGCAUGUGAACAUGGGUAACUUACCCCUAGGUAACUUUCCUUUCUAGUAACACUAGAAGAUUGGGCAGUUGUAGAGGAAAUAACAACGGAAGUGACAGAAAAGUAGUGGAACAUAAAAUUAAGGUACAAUCAAUUUAAAUUGUACCUUCUGUAGAAUGUGGUAAAUUUUGAAAGGCUACAUAUUCCACACAGUCUGUUUUGUUCAUAAAGUUUGUGUUAUUUUUAACUAGGGCAUUGCCCAUUUGCAGAUAAGCAAUUUACUCUUUCUCUUGAGUUUAUUUAAGGUAAUGAGGCCUACACAUUGAUUUGGCUUUCCUAAGUCAAGCGAAGUUGCUUGUGACAGAAGCAAUGUGUAGGCCUUUCCACCAGCGAUUCCCUUUGUUGCCAGUGGAAAGGCAUUUUGGAAUGCCAGUGGUAGCAGAGAUCUAUCACAGGUGUCUAAUCUCUCCUUGGGACGGUACCUUAUGCAAACGCAAUGUCCAUAUCUGUAAUGUUAUCCGCAUACAGCAUUGUAAUAUAUCAUGGAGGGAUUCAGACACUACAGCUUCUCUAUCCAACAGAUGUAGUAUUGGAGUCAAAUCACAACCAAACCUUUUAUAGGAACCCAAUGUUAUGUGUUUAUGUACAUAUUUAUUAUUUGUAUGUAUGUAUCACUUGGGGGGUAGGCACAUGUACAGUGUAUAUUAUAUGUAUAAACUUCUGUGUGAAUUACAAAAUGGCAUGGUACACUGCAAGACAGUAUGACUGUAUCUUGCAUAUGAUGAUACCUCUUUGCGUGCAGGGGACAUUAAGGUACACUAUAUCACACAUUCCUAUGCUGUUCAGGGUGUCAGACUGUUUUCCUCAGGUUUUGGGCUACUUGUUCAAUCAUCUAGGUUGCAGUUUAUUUUUUAAAACAACCUGUGACUUGUCUGCAUUUUCUAAUUGGCCAGGGCAUCAGUUCUUAAUAAGCAGACCACUGGUCAGUAAAACACGCAGAUAUUUACUACCCUCUCUUAUUAUCUUGGCUUAUCUUGGGCACCUCAGAAAAGUGAAUGUCUCCUCUUCAACCACUGGCCUGGCAGGUGGAUAAUGCUGAAUGAUGAAAAGUAAACUAUGCAAAUACUCUCAAUAUAGAGAGUAGCAUUCAUAUUUCAUGUUACCUGUGGCUUAUAUAUAUAACUGUACAUUACGUAUGUAAACUCUUUCUAUAGUUGGUUUUUUAAGGUAAUUUUAAUACCACAUAAAUAAAAACAUGUUACAAAUA